AUGCGAGUCGCGCUGAACCAAGGCAAACCGGCAGGCUACCUCGAGCCCGACACCGCCGACAAAGCCACCCGGAUCCUGUCAGGUCCCGGGAAGCGCACGACUCUACUCGAGCUGCCGCUGCACGAAGAAAACUUCACGGAUCGCAAGCUACGUAUUGAUGCGCAAUCAAUCGCGGCCAUGCAGGUGUCACCCCGGCCCAUCGUAUUGUAUCGCGAACAGGCCGCUCGCGUCGAGGAGCUGCGAGGCAAGGCCCACGCGAUCGUAGUCGCCGAUCCCGCCGUUCCACACUCCCGGAACCGGACUGCGAGGCGCGCUAGCUACUCGGGACCGCUGGGAGACGAGCGCUCCGGCACGUCGUUGCGAAGGUCUCCGCUCGGCGACCAUACUUGGUCGCGCACAUGCAUAGAUAUCGGCUCCGUGUACGCCGUGCGGGGUAUCCGGCACCAAGAGAGCGGGUAUGCGGUGCACCAAGCGCUGGCUGUUGCGGCGUUCUCCCGCAUCGCGAGGGUGACCACGGCGUACGGCGCCCAGGAGGCUCCCGCGUCUUCUGCUCUUCGCCUCCGUCCGGGUGUGGGCGGGUGGCAUCGGGCUCGGGGCGCCCGUGGUUGUGGGUCCUCGCCUCGUCCGCUCUGCGGUUCACGUCGCCCGUCGAGACAGCACUCCUCCACAUGCGAGUCUAUCCGCAAUUUCCAGCAUCUCAACGACGUCCUAAGACGCUCUUCGCCUCCGUCGGCGAGGGUCUAG